GGCUGGGUCCGCUCUGUCCGAUCCCAGAAAGAAGUUUUGUUCCUGCAUAUAAACGAUGGGAGUUCUCUGGAGAGCCUCCAGGUGGUUGCUGAUCCCAGCCUGGAGAGCAGAGACCUGACUUUUGGAAGUGCGGUGGAAGUACAAGGAAAACUGGUCAAAAGUCCUCAUCAGAAGCAAAACAUGGAGCUGCAAGCAGAAACCAUCCGUGUGGUGGGAGCUUGUGAUACUUGGUCGUUCCCGCUGAAGCUGCGGCGGCGGCACCCGCUGGAGUACGUGCGGCAGCUCCCCCACCUGCGCUGCAGAACCAGUGCCCUGGGCGCCCUCCUCAGGAUCCGCAGCGAAGCCACCGCUGCCAUACACUCCUUCUUCCAGGAUAAUGGUUACGUGCAUAUUCAUACCCCCAUAAUUACAUCAAAUGACUGUGAAGGUGCUGGAGAACUCUUCCAAAUUGAGAGAUCAAAUGAGGCAAGGGAAUCUUCAGAAAAGACCCAUUUCUUCAACGUGCCUGCCUUCCUGACAGUUUCUGGCCAGCUCCAUUUGGAAGUGAUGGCGGGAGCUUUUACCCACGUGUUCACCUUCGGCCCGACAUUCCGAGCGGAAAACUCGCAGAGUCGCCGGCAUCUGGCGGAGUUCUACAUGGUGGAGGCUGAGCUGGCCUUCACUGAAAGCCUCCAAGACAUCAUGCAGGUUAUGGAGGAUCUUUUCAAGACAGCGACGAGCACUGUGCUUUCCAAAUGUCCUCAUGAUGUUGAGCUUUUUCAUAAAUACAUAGCACCUGCCCAGAAGGACAGGUUGGAACAAGUGCUGAAGAGCAGAUUUGUGACAAUUUCCUACAAUGAAGCAGUGGAAAUUUUGAAGCAAGCUUCUCAAGCUUUCACUUUCAAGCCAGAGUGGGGCUGUGACCUCCAAACAGAGCAUGAAAAGUACCUGGUGAAGCACUGUGGUGAGGUUCCCGUGUUUGUCAUCAACUACCCGUAUGACCUCAAACCCUUCUACAUGCGGGACAAUGAGGAUGGGCCUCAACACACAGUUGCAGCUGUUGAUCUCCUCGUACCAGGAAUAGGGGAGUUGUGUGGAGGCAGCUUGAGAGAGGAGCGACUGCCCUUCCUGGAAUCACGUUUACAGAGAUUAGGACUCGCAGAUUCCUACCAAUGGUAUCUAGACCUCCGAAAAUUCGGCUCGGUUCCUCACGGAGGCUUCGGAAUGGGCUUUGAACGCUACCUGCAGUACAUCUUGGGAGUUGACAACAUCAAAGAUGUUAUUCCUUUCCCCAGGUUUUCUCACUCCUGCCUCCUGUAGCUCAGCAGUUGACUCACGUGGAGAAAACCGCUGGUGGGACUAUAUGUAUAUAACAUACCAGGACAUGACUGAAGUGUCUUUUAGUGGGAAAUUAAGAUAAUUUUUCUAUCAGUGAAACUCGUGGUAAACUUCAUACUGGCUUAUUGAAAUUGAUGUGUGUUCUGGUGAGAUUAUGGAAGCACACUGGCAGUGCAUUUGAUAGCACUUCAUGUCUUCAGUGCCCUUCAGCAGUAUUAAUAAAUCCCACUUAACUAAAGGGUUAAGAUUCUCAUGAGACUAAUGCAAGUCGUGAAAAUACUGAAUGGGUGUUGUUGGGAGGUAGUGGGGGGUUUAUGUGAAAUAUUAAUAAGGAGGUGUGACCU